GUACCGAGCAAAAAACAGUCCUUCAAGAGUCAAGCCUCGUUCAAAGCUUGCAGCACCACCUCAAGCACGACUCCAUCCGCGGAACGAACCAACAGGGGAACAUGGGAUGGAAGCAGAACCAGAAACAUCACAGAGCACGCUAAAACAUGCCUUCUCGGCAAUCCACUGCGACCUGAAAUCCACAGCACCGCUGCACCACACGACCAGGCCACCACACCUCCUGUCAACUACACGUGUACCGACCGAGUAGGAACAUUCCUCCACACUGCCCGCUCUGAGGGGGCUCGAGAGCCCGUCUGCGCAUGGCCGCCAUGGGCCAAGGCCUUGCUCGCUCACGAGAGAGCCCCGGCGACUGCCCAGGACUAG